GACAAGACGAGAGAAAUUUAUGAGGAGAAAAGAUUUUCGUGUUUCUUGGAGGAUUUAAAAACGAGAAUCUUGCCUGCAAUCAGAAGUACUGGCCGCAUUUUUACCCCGAGGAGGUGACUCGUUAUUACUUCGGACUGUUUCAUCCACACCCAUAAAGUGAUUGAGACCUUCAGUGAAGCUCCUCCUACAACAAUCCACCAAUAAAUGCUGGAGUCAAACACACAGAGAAAUCACUCCAUGUGUGACAACUGAAAUCUUCAUGACAUAAUGUUGAUGCUGGUGAAAGAGGAGCUUGAGAAGAUGACAGAUCUACAACCAUGCAGAAUAAAGGAUGAAGAUACUGAGGAACAAAUAGAUACGAUGGAAGUGAAAGAGGAGAGUCAAGCUGAAGUGGAUAAGAAACAUCAGAUUGUAAAAAUAAACCAUAAUGUUUCACAGAAAGAAACUCUGAAGACAGAAGACAUAAAGUGUGAAAAUAGUUUCAGAGAAGAUGAACGCCCUGCAGAUCACAAGAGGACUCACAGUGAGGAGAAACCUUUCACAUGUCAACAGUGUGGAAAGAGUUUCACAAGAAAAGCUCACCUUAACAUACACAGGAGGAUUCACACUGGAGAGAAACCUUACACAUGUCAACAGUGUGGAAAGAGUUUUACAGCUGCAAGUAACCUUAAGAAACAUUUGAGGAUUCACACCGGAGAGAAACCUUACACUUGUCAACAGUGUGGAAAGAGUUUCAGGACAAAAUCAAACCUUAAUGCACACAUGAGGACUCACACCGGAGAGAAACCUGUCACAUGUGAAGAGUGUGGCAAGAGUUUCAGAGAUAAAAGUAAACUUGAGACUCAUGUGAGAAGUCACAUGAAAGAAAAACCACACGCGUGCCAUGAGUGUGAAAGGAGUUUUAUAUCUGCAGGUUAUCUUAAGUUGCACAUGAGGUCUCACACUGGAGAGAAAACUUAUGCAUGUAAACAAUGUGGAAAGAGUUUCAGAACAAAAUGGCACCUCAACACACACGUGAGGAUUCACACUGGAGAGAAGCCACAUUUGUGCCAUCAGUGUGGAAAGAGGUUUAUAACUGCAAGUGACCUUAAGAAACAUUCAAGAGUUCACACUGAAGAGAAACUUUACAAGUGUCAAAAGUGUGGAAAGAGUUUCACCUUUAAAUCCGGCCUUACCCAGCACAUAAAAAAUCACAGAGGGGAAAAGCCAAACACGUGCCAUCACUGUGACAAGAGUUUUCCAAAUAGAAGUCAACUUAAGAUUCACAUUAGACUUCACACUGGAGAGAAACCUUACAGUUGUCAUCAAUGUGGAAAGAGUUUCAGAACAAAACCUAACCUUAACGUACACAUGAGGAUUCACACCGGAGAGAAACCACAUCUGUGCCAUCAGUGUGGAAAGAGUUUUAUAACUGCAGGUAAACUUAAGAAACACAUGAGGACUCACACUGGAGAGAAACCUUACAUGUGUCAUCUGUGUGAAAAGAGUUUUAAAUGUAAAGGUAAUCUUAAGACACACAUCACACUUCACACUGGAGAAAAACCGUUUACAUGUCAUCUGUGUGGAAAGAGUUUUACAAGGAAACGUGACCUUAAUGCACAUGUGAGAAUUCACACUGGAGAGAGACCAUACGUGUGUCACCAGUGUGGAAAGAGUUUCAGGACAAAACCAAGCCUUAAUGCACAUUUGAUCACUCACACUGAAGAGAAACCGUUCACAUGCCAUGAGUGUAAAAAGAGUUUCAAAACAAAAGCUGCCCUUAAAAGACACGCAAAAUUUCACACUCGAUAGAAACCAUUAAUGUGUCAACAGUGUGGAUAUGGCAACAAAGUUUAGAAAUCAGCUGAGGUCUUAUUAAUAAAACUGUCUGGAGGAUCCUUACUCAAAGUCUACAUGUGCACAAAAGCCCAAGAUGUAUGUACUUGUGUUCUUGUGAAACGUCAUCAGUCGCGGCCCAAGUUCCAAUUCCAAGUUCACAUCAAGUCAAGUUCACAUAACAUCUCAGGAUGUGUUCUUGAUCCACUCAUUUUAUCGAGGAUGCAUCAGGAGGUGACUUGUGUGGACUUACGACAGCCAAGUUUCCCAGAAUGCAUUUCACAUCAACGGCAUUGAAGCUUAAAACCUGCAAAAUAUUAGAAAUAUUACUCUUUUUGUGUCAUAAAAUGUAGCCGUUUAGUUGAGAAUAUAGAUGAAUAAACUUUAAAUCUGUGGUCAGUUAGUAAAGAAAGCGCAUAUAUUAAAAUUUCCUCUGAUGAUUUUGGAUAUGUGAGUUCAAGUUGAUCAACGGGCAGUCAGUGCUGUGUACUCCGCCGAGGGCAGGCUUCUCUCUGCAAGUUCUUUUGAAAUUUGCUGCUGUCUCAGUGCAGCUGCUCUGCCCUUCAGUGUCUGAUCAUUAAACAUGAAAUAUUCCCUUUGGCUAUUCACUAUAUUGCCCAAAGUUUUGGGACACCCCUCCAAAUCAUUGAAUUCAGAUGUUUCAAUCACGUCUAGUAAAGGAACUCUUAAUGCUUCAUCAUACCAAGGUAUUUUGGACAAUUUCAUGCUCCAACUUUGUGGGAACAGUUUAGGGAUGGCUCCUUCCUGAUCCAACAUGACUGUGCACCAGUGCACAAAGCAAAGAGCGAGUGUGCAGAAACUUGACUGGCCUGCACAGAGUCGUGACCUCAACCCAGUAAAACAUAUUUUGAAUGAAUUAGAGCAGAGACUACGAGCUAGGCCUUCAUCAGUGUCUUACAAAUGUGCUUUUAGAAGAAUGGUAAAAAAAAUCCAUAAACGCACUCCUAAACCUUGUAGAAAGUCUUCCAAGAAGAGUUGAAGCUGUUAUAGCUGCAAAGGGUGGACAAAACUCCAUAUUAAACCAUGUGGAUUAAGAAUAGAGGUGUCCCAAAGCUUUUGUCAAUAUAGUGCAUCUAACUGGCAUUUGGUCUCAUCAAUUUACUUCUCUUUUUUAUUCAUAUGAAGUCUGUUAUUUGUUAUUAUCAUUUUAACUGAUGUUAAAGUUAAGUUUCAUAACUUAAAUCACAUAUAUUUUCUAUAGAAUCUUAACACUGAAUCACUGCCUUUUGUACUUAAACUAGAUUUUUUGUGUUUACUUCAUGUUGUACAAACAUUUUGU